UUUUCAGUACAAUUAGUAGAAAUAUGUUCAUACUCAAACUUGGCGCUUUGUACUUGCGAUUGCUUGUUAUCUAAUAUUCUUCGUCUUCGACGAACUAUCAUUGCAUAAAUUUAUUGUUUGAAAUAUCGUUAUAAUCCAUUAAGACAUGGAUAAUGAUAAAAUUUCUUGUCCUAUCUGUUCUGAAGAAUUUUCUUCUACAAUAAUAGAAAAUCAUGUUAGUAAAUGUUUAUUUUUAAAUGAAUCAACAAGCAAAGAAUCUUUUAAAGAUGAAAGCCCUGCAAGGAAAUAUGUAAAAUUAAAUAAUACAAAAGCAAAAAAGAGUGAUUUGGGAUUAGUAAAAAAGAAAACUACUGUAAUAGAAUCAUCAUCAAUAAAUAUAGAUUCUCAGAUACCAAAAACUUUUCUUAACACUAAUACAGAUAAAGAAAUUAAAAAAUUAUUUGGAAAUGAUUAUAUACCUCUUGCGGAACGCAUGAGACCUACAACACUUUUAGGAUAUGUUGGACAGUUACAUGUUCUUGGACCAUCUACUAUUCUUUAUCAAUUAUUAAAUAAAUUUGAAAUACCAAAUAUAAUUUUAUGGGGUCCACCUGGUUGUGGAAAGACAUCUUUAGCAAAUGUUAUAGCUCACAUAUGUAAAACUAAAUCAAAUGGUAAAAUAAGAUAUGUUAAGUUAUCUGCAGCAAUGGCUGGUGUAAAUGAAAUAAAAGAAAUAAUAACUAUAGCUACUAAUGAAUUAAAAUUUAAUAGACGUACAAUAGUUUUCAUGGAUGAAAUACAUCGUUUUAAUAAAAAUCAGCAAGAUGUAUUUUUACCACAUGUUGAAUCUGGUAUUAUUACAUUAGUUGGUGCAACAACAGAAAAUCCUUCUUUCAGUUUAAAUUCAGCACUUUUAAGUCGUUGUAGAGUCAUCGUUUUAGAAAAAUUAAAUAUAUCUAAUUUGAUAUGUAUACUAAGCAGAGCUGUAAUAUCAUUAGAAGGAAUAGUGCAUAAUUCAAAUAAAAUAUUGGAAAAUACCACUCAAGUACCAAAAUUUAUUAUAGAUGAACCAACCAUAGAAUGGUUGGCAGGAACCUCUGAUGGUGAUGCUCGUAUAGCAUUAGGUGGUUUGGAAUUAGCAGUUCAAUGCAAAUUACCAAACAAUGAAGACUUUUUGAAGAAUGGUCCUGUGAUUAUUACAUUAGAUGAUAUUAAAGAAAGUCUUAAAAAAACUCAUAUGUUAUAUGAUAAGAAAGGUGACCAGCAUUAUGAUAUGAUUUCAGCUUUACAUAAAUCUGUUAGAGCAAGUGAUGAAAAUGCUUCUCUUUAUUGGCUAACAAGAAUGAUAUUAGGUGGAGAAGAUCCAAAUUAUAUUGCACGAAGAUUAGUUAGAAUGGCAUGUGAAGAUAUUGGUUUAGAAGAUCCAAAAGCUCUUGAAAUUGCUAUACAUACAAUGCAUGGCUGUAAGAUGAUAGGAAUGUCUGAAUGUAAUAUCCUUUUAGCACAAUGUACGAUAUAUUUAGCCAGAGCUCCAAAAUCUAGAUUGAUGGAAGAUGCACUUAGAGCUGCUCAAAAAGUAGUAGCUGAACAUAAAGGACCUCAACCAGGUGUACCUUUACAUUUAAGAAAUGCUCCAACAAAGCUUAUGAAAAAUUUAGGAUACGGUAAAGGUUACAAUAUGAAACACAAAAAUGAAUCAGGUUUGAAUUAUUUGCCAGAAGGAUUAGAAAAUGUAAAUUUUUUUGAUUAUCAUUAAAAUUAUAUAUAUGCAUACAUAUAUUUUAAAAA